UUCAUUCUUCGGGAUUACCCCUAAGGUGAAGAAGAAAAAGGAGAACAAGGAAGGAAUAACAAGAAAAAAAUAAGAUCUAUUUCUGUGAUUUAACAGAGACAGGAAAUUGUACAGUGGUGAAAGUUAUCAAGAUUCACUAAAGAUUACACAAAAAGGUGUGAGGCAACAAAAAAAAAAAAGGAGAAAGAGAAAAGGAGCGUGAUUCGGCAAAGGAAAGAGAUCCCGGGAACUUGCACCGCAUCUGCGGCUGACGGGUAAAUCUCGGUGAGCCAACAUGGACAAAGUGGAGCAAAUAAGGAAGAUGGUGAGGAAGAUGUCACCGAAGAAGAAGAGGCGAGAAGGAGGGGGAGGAAGAGGGGGAGGACCCGGAGAGCUGAAUGACAAACUCUGCCGCUUCAGCCUCUGCAUCAGUGAUGAUGGCCCAUAUGGAAAAACUAAGGAUAUCUCUGGACCAGAACAAACAAUGGCCUGUAGAAGACACAGUAUACCAGAAGCUCUGCGGGGGGUUACCAUGGUGGAGCUGGUGAAGAAAGAAGGCAGCACACUUGGCCUCACUAUCUCAGGAGGAACCGACAAGGACGGGAAACCACGGGUAUCGAACCUGCGGCCUGGAGGACUUGCAGCCAGGAGUGACCAGCUAAAUGUUGGUGACUACAUCAAGUCUGUGAAUGGCAUCAAUCUGACCAAACUGCGCCAUGAAGAGAUCAUCAGCUUGUUAAAGAAUGUAGGAGAGAGAGUUCUGCUGGAGGUGGAGUAUGAACUGCCCCCUACAGCACCAGACAGCAGCUCAGGAGUUAUAUCAAAGACAAUCGACAUCUGUUUGCACAAAGAGGGGAACAGCUUUGGCUUCGUCGUGAGAGGAGGCUCACACGAAGACUGGCACAAGUCGCGCCCCCUAGUGGUCACCUACGUGAGGCCAGGUGGCCCUGCAGACAGAGAGGGAACAUUACGUUCCGGUGAUCGCCUGCUCAGUGUGGAUGGUUUGCCGCUGCACAACAUCAACCACAGCGAUGCCCUCAUCGUGUUGGCUCAGUGUGGCCAGGAAGCUCUGUUCCAGAUAGAGUACGACGUUGCCAUCAUGGACACAGUGACAAAUGCUUCAGGUCCACUAUUAGUGGAAAUUGCAAAGUCGCCAGGAGCAGCACUGGGCAUCAUGCUGACAUCAGCCAAUCAUCAAAACAAGCAGGUCAUUGUCAUCGACAGGGUUAAGCCUGGGAGUGUGGCGGACAGAUGUGGAGCGUUGCAUGCAGGCGAUCACCUGCUGUCCAUAGAUGGGACAUCGACAGAACACUGUACCGUCCUUGAGGCAACACAGCUAUUAGCAAGCACAGCAGAACUGGUCAAAUUGGAAAUAUUACCCUCCAAUCAGACAAGGCUGGCAGGGAAACAGCAUGACACAGUAAAGGUCCAAAAGUCAGACCACCCACACUCCUGGGACCCCUGUGUAAACUUCUGUCACCCUUUGAACUCCACCCUGUCCAAUACAAGCUCCACCCUCAACAAAUCAUGGACCGCCUCCAACAAUAACACCAUCAGUAGCCUUGAUUACUGCAAGUCUCUAGUGUCAGCAAGCUUCUCCCCUGGUUCUACAACCACAUCAGGCCCGAGUAGCCAGAGCUCCAACACUUUACCAAGGCCUUCAGUUCCCAUGAGUCCACGGAACUCAUUGCUAAAACGACGGCAGAGAAAGAAAGAGCACAAAAGCUCCUUAUCGCUGGCAUCCAGUUCGGUGGGUCCAGGUGGUCAAGUCGUUCACGUUGAGACUAGUGAGGUAGUCUUAACAGGCGACCCACUCAAUGGUUUUGGUGUCCAGCUGCAGGGAGGAAUAUUUGCCACUGAAACACUGUCAGCACCCCCACUCAUCAGAUUCAUAGAGCCCGACAGCUCUGCAGAGAGGUGCGGCCUGCUUCAGGUCGGGGAUCGUCUUCUGUCAAUCAAUGGGAUCCCCACGGAGGAUGGGACUCUGGAGGAAGCCAAUCAGCUUCUCCGAGACGCAGCUCUGACCAAUAAGGUUACCCUGGAGAUAGAAUUUGACGUAGCAGAGUCAGUGGUGCCUAGCAGUGGUACUUUCCAUGUCAAACUGCCUAAGAAGAGAGGAGUGGAGCUGGGGCUCACCAUCACCAGUAAGAAGGCAGGUGAGCCCCUCAUCAUUUCUAACAUCAAGAAGGGCAGCAUGGCCCACAGGACAGGAACACUGGAGCCUGGUGAUAAGCUGUUGGCUAUUGACAACAUCAGACUGGAGAGCUGUUCUAAAGAUGACGCGGAGCAGUUCCUCCAGCAGUGUGAGGAGCUGGUCAAACUAAAGAUACGCAAAGAUGAAGAUAACUCAGAUGAGCAGGAGACGUCAGGCAGCAUCAUCUACACAGUGGAGCUGAAGCGGUACGGAGGCCCUCUGGGUAUCACCAUUUCAGGCACAGAGGAGCCUUUUGACCCCAUCACUAUAUCUGGCUUAACCAAGAGGGGCUUGGCCGAGAGGACAGGGGCUAUUCAUGUAGGCGAUCGGAUCCUGGCCAUCAACAGUGUCAGUCUUAAAGGCAAGCCGCUGAGUGAAGCCAUCCACCUAUUGCAAAUGGCUGGCGAGACGGUCACCCUCAAAAUUAAAAAGCUGCUCGACAAUGCAGAGGACAGGAAAGCAGCAGAAGCGGAAGACAUGACGGAGAACGAGCUGAGUGACCCCGAGGAGGAUGAUUUGACGGACAGCCAACAGACCAGCAAGCUUUCAGAGCUGUACUCCACCACCAUACCCAGUGUGGACUCUGCCAUGGAGUCAUGGGAUGGGUCAGGGCUGGAUGCUGGCUAUGGCAGCCAGGGUAUGUACAACAAUCAAGCCCUUGGUAUUGCCCUUCAUCCUCACGAGUGGCGUAGCACGAAACAGCAGUGCAGCACUACACCACCGCUUGGACCGAGGAAGAACUACCCCUUCAGUGAUGGAGGGUUCAGUGAGGAUGAUUGGGACAAACCACCAGGUUUUAUCAGCCAACAGCCAGAUGGUAUUCUGCUGGAUCCUGAUGACAGUUUCUGGUGUCAGGCGCUUGAAGACUUGGAGACCUGUGGACAAUCAGAACUCCUAAGAGAGAUAGAGGCGUCCAUCAUGACAGGCACAGCCAUCACUCUUGGCGUAGAUGGUAUCAAUAAGCCUCCAGCUGAGCCCAUAUUGAGCCACAACAGGAUGAGCCCAUUGCGGAGAAAUUCUCUUCUGCACCAAGGAAACCUUCUCCACCAGGGCACACGCCUCCACCAGGGGAUCCUUCUGCAUGAAGGCGCACACCUGCACGAAGAGGCCCAACUGCACCAUGACCUGCACCAGGAGGCCCACUUUAACCAGGAGGCUCACCUCCACCAAGAUAACCAAUCCCCCCUCCUGCACCACGAGCCAAAGCCCAAGGCCUCAUUGAGAGUGUCAGAAAGAACGUGGGAGUCUCGAAGGAUCAAAGAGGAAAUGCAGGGGAUUCUGUCCCCGACGCCUCUGGAACUGCACAAAGUAACGGUGAUAAAGGACCCAGAGAGCGACGACUUUGGCUUCAGUGUGUCGGAUGGUUUCUUGGAGAAAGGAGUUUAUGUCAACAUGAUCAGACCUGAUGGACCAGCUGACCGAGCAGGGCUCAGACCCUAUGACAGGAUCCUACAGGUGAACCACGUGAGGACGAGGGACUUCGACUGCUGCCUCGCGGUACCGUUAAUCACGGAGGCUGGAGACAGACUGGAGCUGGUUAUCAGUCGCAACCCAGUGGCCAACGAUGACCCGGAGGACAAUAACAAUACUUUAGAUCACCCACUAGACCUGUAACACAUUCACCAAGACAAAGGGACGGAUCUCAAGACUUACAUACACAUGCGCACACACACACGUGCAAUAAUUCUUCUACAAAGAGACUCCUCUAACAACACACAAAAAUGUGCAUGUCCAUGCAUUUGCCCCCUCCCAUUCACACUAGGUUGAAGUUUACUGGUACAAGUCUCUGCAGAAAAACUACCAUGACGACCUCCCACUGCUGAUAACCCACAGACAACCAGUAAUUUUGAACUUUAUCUGUCUCGACUGACAUUGAUUCUUUUAUUUAACUUAAAAAAACAAACUGGUGGAGGAGGUGAACUCAGCUGUUUACUGACAUUUCCCAGCUUUGAUUUUUCCAGAUGAAUCUGCAUAAAUAUAUUUAUUAUGAUAAUUUUUUUUUUUCAUUUUAGAAAAAGGCUUGUGAGACUCGAUCCAGUGAAAUUCCAGGUUUUCCCAGCUAAAACUUAACAUUGAAUAUAAAUGCAAACCUUAAAAUGAGCACAGCAAUAUUUUAAAAGAAGAAAAUAUUUUUUGUCACCAUCCUUAUGCUGCUGCCAUUUCACCAAUUUAAUCUCAACGCAGGAUAACUGUUAUUUAGAUGGUGAUUAGUUUCUAAUACACAUAAUCUACAUAAUGAUACAAUCUAUUUUAAUAUGAUAUGAUAUAAUCAGAGGCCUGUAACCAAAACUAAUUAAGUCACGUGCACUUUUCCCUGAAUUUUUACACUGACUUAAAUUUUAUUUUAUGAUAUUUUCUAUUGCAAACAGAUUUGUGGCAUAAAAAUAUCCAAAACUAGUAGACUUAUGUUCUGCCCCCAUCUUAAUUUUAGAGCGAACAUGAUUAAUGUCAAAAUGAUCCGUUUGGUGUGGAGGAAUAUCUCUAACUCAUGACCCUCGGCUGCUCGGGGUUUGUGUGUUUUAGAGACAAAAAUGGGCAGGUUAGCAUCAAUUUUAAAAUGUUUACAGUUGUAGAUAAACAAUGUGGUACAAGAGUUGCUACACUUUUCCUGAACUAGAUUGUUUUAGUUCAGUCAAAUAUACCCAGAGGUGCUGCCUGCAUCUAACGUCACUCGUGUUAUUCACUUGUGCUUUCCAAACCAGGGGGGCACACUGCUGAAGCACAGUUCAGUGCGGGUUCUGGAGACUUAAUUAUCCAUUUUGCCAACUGCAAAGCUGGCCAGGAAACUCAUUCACACCCAUUAGAAAAGUCUUAAGUAAUUGUUUCGAUAUGAAUGGUCAGAUUAUGAUGAAUGAUAAAAUGUGUAUCCCAAGUCUUGCUCCGUCUCUUAUGCUCCACCACUAUCACCCCCUUCUUCUUCUAUCCAUUGCGUUAGAUCAAUGGAAAUGUGUGCGUGAACAUGCAGAUUUGGGGAUUAGGCAAAUUGGACACUCAAAAUUGACCAUAGGUGUGAGUGUGAGAGUGGAUGGUUGUUUGUUGGUCUGUCCAGGGUGUACCAUGUCACCAAGGCCUGUGGGCGUGGAGUGGUCAUCCACUGUGAUCCCGUCGUUAGUUUCUCAACAGUGAAAUCUUAAGCUACUUGCAGGGUCUCACAAAACAGACAAGAAGAAACAAUGACAACAUUGCAAACGUUUGCAUGGAGGAUUAAUCCAAGACAAUGUGAGGUGAAGCAAAUCCAGCUUUCCAUUUUGCAACUCUAUGGCAUUAAAUCUAAAUCAACUGAAUGAUCAUUCUGAACCCACCUCGUCUCUCCCCUCCUCUUAUUUUGGUUCUGUUUGCUAACGGCAGAUUCCUUCCACUUCUGUCACCUCCUGUUUUUCGACACGUUCUCCGAUUCCUGCCAAAACUCUCCUCUCCCUGGUAAACUGUGGAUUUACAGGAAUGAGUCGUGCUGCUGCUGCUUCUGCAGCAGUAUGUGUAUUUGUAAAGUGUAUUUGUAAAGUUACAGUCUUAAGUUACGGCUUAGACAGUAACAUUAACAAUACCGUGUGGGUGUGGGUGAGCAAAACUGUGAUGACGUACACAAGACGGGAAUAAUAUGAGUGAAAAAGAGAGCGAGUGAGAGCAGGAACAGGACCAAUCACAGCUUCUGUUCUGUGCAUCUCACUCUUUCCUCACAUUGUUACAUAACGCAGUUAGUUUCCAGCUGCUCCCUUUUAGAACAUCACAUGUAUGUGUGUGUGUGUGUGUGUGCAUGUGUGUGUGCGUGACAGAGUGAGAGAGCUAGGUGGUGUACAUUUCAUUGUACAGUGGUGAUAUUCAUCAUGACUGUUCACCUUCCUUUCAGAAUCCCCGAUGAGACUGAAAACAGUAUGAACUCAAGGUUUUCUGUGAGAAAACCUGAGGAAAGACGACCUUUUCAUAGCGAAUGAACAAAAGGGUUUGACUCUUUCAAAGCACUUACUACAAAAGAGAAGCACACUGUUGAAUACCAUGCACUGUAAGUAUUUUCACGUUACACAGUAAACUCUUGUCUCAGUGUUUUGGUUUUUUUUUACGCAGUAAAGUGGCCACAAAAAAAAAGAAGGAUAUAAAAUGUAAACAUUUUGUAAAGCAACAACUAAAAAGGGCAAAAUAAUUGCAAAGUAAAGCCUUUCAAAAAAUAUUUAGGUGGUUUAUAUAUAUAUAUAUAUAUGUAUGUGUGUGUGGUCAGUCAUUCUCCCUAUGCAUAUCUGGGUCAAAGGUCAGUUUAAAGCCCAAUCAGGAACAGUAAGUCUCACAGAAAUUUUUUUUUUCUUACAUUUUUAAUUAACAUAAUUUACUACAGAAAAUAUAAUAAAUUUAAUAUUUACAGUUAAGUGGUUGGAGAUAUGUAGUACUGUGCAAAAGUCUCAGGGCGUCACCAGCUUUGUUGUUGUUGUGUCUGUCCAAUUCUGUGAUCAUUGGCAUUUUGAUUGGAAUGAUGUCACUGGACGUCGUUCUUACAUAUUAGCAAACCCAUUCAAUUGUUCUUGUACAAGGGCAGAGGUUCCCAUGACGACCUCCCACUAAAUACUUGACACUGUUUUUUUCCAUUUUAUUUUGUUUAAAGAAAUGUGUUUUUAAAUUGCACACAUGUCCCAUUAUUUUCUGUGGCUAUGUUACAUUAAAAUAAUCACACUAUAUGGUCAUUAUAGCAUUGCGAAACAACAUGGUGGCCCGAGGCUUUUGCACAGUGCUGUAAAUGACGAACAUUUAAGUUGCAAUGCAAAUCUUUAUGUUUGUAUAUUGCAUUUUAUGACACUGUCCUAUGUUUUUACGCUGAAGAUAUUAACAGAUGUCAGUAUAAUAAUCGGGCAUUUAUUGCAUCAGCUGCAUCAGCUUCGCCGAUUCCUGUCUGCCCCUUACACGCUGUACGUAAUCUACCGCACUUUGCAGGCCCCAGGAAGUCGAGUCACACUUCCAUUUGAGAUAAGAACAAUCAAUUGUUUGGUUGUUUGUUUUUAAACUCUACAUGGAUUGUAUUGUGGGAUCUAAUUUACAAAAGCACAGUAAGUAUAAAAUGACCUUUGUUUUGGAUGGUUUGUUGGUUUUACAUUUUUGAAAAACCAAGAUACGAUUUGACCAAUUAACUGCACUUUAGUGAGUAGGCAAAUUUGUUGCCCCAGCGAUAACUACCAGGGAACCAAUAAUUGUCAUUAGUUUAGUAUCAGAUUUACUUAAAAUGGAAACACAACUACUUAAAAUAUUGCCAUUUUAACUUUACCACUGGAUUUGUAUUUGGAGUGAAGUAAAUGGUCAGCUAACCAUACUGCAUACAAUCUUGUGUUAUUCAUGAGUUCAUUGGUGCCAUAUCCAGCUUGUUUAACAUGAGUUAACAGUUAAUUAAGAAACCAUUGCCAUUACUGUAAACACAACAUUUGAGCCUCUGUUAUUAUCUUUGAUGUUCUCUUAUUUGUGUCUCCAAUCUUUUUUUUUUCUAACUCUAAAUCCAUUUUAAAGUGUUGAAUGUUAAACUGUAUUAUGAUUCUGGAUUGGGUCCUUUCCUUUAUAAUGUAUGCGAUGUGUUUACAUUGGGUUUUUUUUGUUUGUUUUUUUUAAUUGUGUAAAGUUCUAUUCUAUGUAAUAUAGUAUUUUUAUACGACAAUAUUACUCUUCCAAGAACUGAGAAGAAAACACAACACAAAAAUGAUGAAAAUGAGAAAAUAAAAUGUAUGUCUUUAUUGAUGUUGUCAUUUGUUUUUUUUGUUUUUUUUUCUUUGUCUAUGAAACAAGGAGUGCACUGCUAUACUUCUCUUUUUGAGAAGAACAUGAAAAAAGAUCAGAGAUAAUAUAAAAUAAAAGAUCUACUUUUA